UGUGCGGAGUACUGAAGUCACUAUGGAUAAACUGUAAAAGUCGCGGAGGACGCCAGCCAACUAGACAGCUUGAACAUGUUUGAUAGUUAUACAAUUUUUGCUGCACGGAUACAGUAAUUUAAAAUGUUUUCUUCAAAUAGGUUGUUUUUUGUUUCAGUCCUUUACAACAUAGAUAUUUGACCCGGUCUAGAAACUAAGAGGAUUCGGACUUCCAAACUGAAAGGCUCAACUUUUUGCUAUAUGAAGCGGAAAGCCCCGCUCCAGGAUUAAUGGAGAUACGCCGGAGCGAGAAAGUCCUAGGACAACUCAUCAACACCUUUCGCGUUGGAUAAUAGAUAUUUCAUAUGGCGUGAAGAAUUUUGCAUCUUGGUUAUUCUUCCAAAGGCUGGGGAGCAACUUGCAAGUAAAAAAAGAUAAUCAGAGAAGAUUAUCACACCAUAUUAAGACGGAUAAAAUAAAGACAGUUAUAUAAAACCCACUACCCUAAAACUGCAAUCUGGGCAUACCAUGAUAAGCUACUCUUUUACUGUUGGGGGGUUGUGGUGGAUCACAUAUUGUAUUAUGCUUGUUGUAGGCAGCAAUUAUUUAUUUGAUGGAAAUAACGAGAUCCAUCCGAGCUUUGUUCACCGGCGGUUGCGGACUCACGAGAAAAGAGAGAUGCAAAAAGAGAUUCUCUCUAUACUCGGGCUGCCGCACAGACCCCGACCGCAUCUGUCACACGGCAAAUACAACUCGGCACCCCUCUUCAUGCUAGAUCUUUACAAUACUAUAUCAAGUGAAGAAAAAACAGAUAUGGAAGGGAUUUUGGACCAGUACAAAUCAAUGUUCGCCACUCAAGGACCUCCCCUGGCCACGUUUCAGGACAACACGUUCUUGAACGAUGCUGAUAUGGUGAUGAGCUUUGUCAAUUUAGUGGAGUACGACCGAGAGCUCUCCCCACAGCGGCAACAUCACAGGGAGUUCAAAUUCAACCUCUCCCAGAUCCCGGAGGGGGAGGCCGUCACUGCCUCUGAGUUCCGCCUCUACAAGGAGUGCGUCAGCCAGGCCUUCAAGAACGAGACCUUCCGCCUCACCGUCUACCAGGUGGUGCAGGAGCACCCGGAAAGGGACGCCGACCUCUUCCUGCUGGAGUCUCGGAAGCUGUGGGCAGCCGAGGAAGGCUGGCUGGAGUUUGACAUCACGGCCACCAGCAACCUGUGGGUGAUGAGCCCCAACCAUAACCUGGGGCUCCAGAUCAGCGUGGAGACCAGCAAUGGGAGGAGCAUCAGCCCGAAGGAGGCGGGGCUGGUGGGCCGUGACGGGGCUCUGGAGAAGCAGCCCUUCAUGGUGGCGUUCUUCAAAGUGAGCGAGGUGCGCGUACGCUCGGCCCGCUCCACGGGCAGGCGGCGGCAGCAGAACCGCAACCGCUCCGCCCAGCCGCAGGAGUCCUCCAAGGGCCCCGGCCUAUCAGAUUACAACAGCAGUGACCAGAAGACAGCUUGCAGAAAGCAUGAGCUGUACGUGAGCUUCCGGGAACUUAGCUGGCAGGACUGGAUUAUCGCACCGGAGGGAUAUGCUGCCAACUACUGUGAUGGAGAGUGCUCCUUCCCCCUUAAUGCCCACAUGAAUGCCACCAACCACGCCAUUGUGCAGACAUUGGUCCACCUCAUGAACCCGGAGAACGUCCCCAAACCCUGCUGUGCCCCUACGAAGCUGCACGCCAUCUCCGUGCUCUACUUCGACGACAACUCCAACGUCAUCCUGAAGAAGUACAAGAACAUGGUGGUGAGAGCCUGUGGCUGCCACUGACCCCAGCGGACCAUCGCCAGCUCAACUGCUGCAGCAGAACCUGCCUGUACGCUGCACGGGUGUCGUGUGUGUGCGUGAGAGAGAGUGUGUGUAUGAAAUAUUACCAGUUACCUUCGCCCCCCUGCUCUUCACUGCAGCGACUCAGGGCGAUCGAAGGACUGCUACAUGACCAGAAAAAUGUGCUGCUUUCUCCUCUGACCGGAACACCCCUUUGGCCUUUCACACCAGUCCGAACUCUUGUGGUGUGUUUUUCGCAUGGCGAACGAUCAGGCAUAAUCAGUCAUCCAUUUUAAAGCUUCAGGAUGAGGGACUGAUUAGUAUGUCAACCCAUAGAAAACAAUUCCAAUGGUGAGAUGUAGUCAGAUGUCACUGAAUUAAAAUAAAGCUUUUUAGGACAGUGGGGAAAAAAAUAUUAACCAAACCAGAUUCUAUUUCUAAUACAGAUAUCUAUAUCAGACUAACCAAAGCUUGAUGUUAACAUGAAAUUCUAUUUGAACUUAAUGAAAGGUAUUACGAAAGGUAUUAUGAUACCUUUUAUAAGUUACGUAACUGUUCAAACCUUCCUACAAUUCUUCGCUGCUCCACAUAGUAUAUGCAGGAGUUUCCUACUCACAAACCCCCUGACCCAAAAAGCCAGAUCUGAACCAGUUAAGACUGUUGUUACAUUUGUAAACAAAUCUAUAUUACAGUGCAUAAAUAUUUUACUGUAUCCUAAUCAUUUUUUGUUGAUAUUUAACCAAGUUUAGUGUCGAUGUAAUGACUCAGUCUGUUUCAAAAAUUUUGACGUCACAGCAUUCUAAAAAUCAUUACAACUUGGUACAAUUAUGGUUCCAUAACAAGCACAAAACCUUUUGACAGAAAAAUAUCUGUUGCAGCAAUAAAAUAAAAAGUGCAGUUCACUCAACAAGUUUAUUUAUCCCACCACAAAUUAUGAACUUUGACAAGAAAAAAUACCUCCAGAAGCUGCUGUUUUUCUGAAUCAUGUUUAGACUUCCACUUGUGUGUAAAUACUUGUACAUUUUUCAGCUUAUUUAUUGCACCUCAUAAACGACAUGCCAUCUUACAAAGAAACAAAGACGACUAUUUUUGGAAAAGAAGUUUUAUUACAAAAUCUUUGCAGAAAUCCAUGUUAGCAACUCGCUAUUAUUUUUGUUGCCAUAUUCUUUUGUAAAAAAAACAAAAAAAACUUCAUGGACAGUGGACAACCCACUCAUAGAAAAUAUGACUUUCCUUCACUCGAGCCUGUCUACACCAUGUGCUAUCCAUAAAGGUUUUACUGACAUUAAAGUGGUUUACCUGU